CUCCCCUGUCACGUGGGCGUGCCCGGCGGUUCCCGGAAGUGCGUCACGGGCUCGGGCCUGUCUCCGUUGUCGGCCCGCUCGGAACUUCGGCGCGGCACAAACAGACCGGAGCGGCGGGCGGGGCCGUUUUUAAUGCGUGCCACAUACUGAAGACCCCUGAUUGUAUGUUGGGAGCUCUGACAAGCCCAUGCCUUUGGCAGUAAGCAUUGUAGCAGCUGUGAUGAGGCCAUUACUUCCUUGCCAGAGAGUUUGACCACAGAGAGUCGCCAAGAUAGCUGGGCCAGGAAGAAAACGUCGCACCCCUGACCCAGACUCCAUUACCGACCCCGGCGGGCUGUUUGUGUCCUCCAAACGGCUGAAAAUGUCCAGCAGCACAAAUGCCCCUGGCCAGAGGAGAGCGUCUCGGGGCUUGGAUGAUGCCACCAACAAGAAGAAGCAAAAGGAUCGAGCCAAUCAGGAAAGCAAGGAAGUGUCUCGCCCUGAGCUCGAGCAGGCUGAGACUGCCCAGGAGAAGGACUUGGAGGAGCUGCUGCUGGACUGGAAGCAGAAUGCCGAUGAGAUCAUUAUCAAGUUGAAUUUGGGCACUGGAGCUCUAAAGGCAGAGGAUGUACGUGCUGAUUUCACUGACACGGACUGUGUGGUCAGACUACCAGAUGGGCGCCAGUGGAGCUGUCAGUUCUAUGAGGAGAUUGAGGGCUCCUGCAGCAAGAUCCAGUGCAAGAAGGGCAACUUUCUACAGCUUGUGCUGCAGAAGAAGAUCCCACUCCAUAACUGGUCUUCACUUCUGAAGAAAAGGAAAGAUGGAUCCAAAGAAGUGGCCAAAGGGGCUGCGUGCUGGGAGAAUGGGAAGGAGAAGGCUGCUUCUGCAGAGUUGAUCCCUGAAGAGCCGAGGGCUGAAGGCACAGAGCCACCAAGAUCCCGGCGGGAGCCCUCCAACCCCAAGCGUGCUCCGGGAAGAAGCGAGGUCCUGGGAGGGAAAAGCCCAGCCAGCCCAGGGACACAGAGUGGCCCCAGUGCCAAGCGGGCAGUAUACCUCAAAGUAGCUCCCACAGAAGAGGAGCCGAAUGCCAGGGUCACCGGGAACACAGAGCCCAGCAAAGGGCAUGGCGGGAGGGCCGGCAGCCGCCGCAAUGGCAGAGCCAGCCACGUCGAUGCACCUGCAGCCCUUGCAGACCUCGCACUGCCACUCGAGAAGGCUGUGGUUUUGGCCAAAGAGACUGUUCCCGUGGAGAUGCCACCUCUCGCGUCUACCGCAGAGGUGCUCCCGCACCGUGUUGCCACCUGUGUUGAGAAGAGAGUCCUGCAGCCAGGCAGCCCUACUGAGGCCUUGCGGAGCCAGGACUGCCUGCCCAUCCUGGGAGAGAGCUCUAAGGCAGUUCCAGUGGCCACCCCUCCCAUGGGCAGAGAUGGUGAGAAGAGGGACUGGUCCAAGGACGACGUGGCUCUGGAAGCAGCAGCUGAUGAGCCAGAGCCUUUUGUAAGCCUGACCUUUGUCAAGAAUGACUCAUAUGAGAAGGGCAAUGAUCUGGUGGUGGUGCAUGUCUAUGUGAAGGAGAUCCACAAGGAGACAUCCAAGGUGUUGUUCCGGGAACAAGACUUCACACUGGUGUUCCAGACGAGUGAUACGAACUUCCUUCGUCUCCAUCCUGGCUGUGGGCCCCACACGGUGUUCCGGUGGCAGGUGAAGCUCAGGAACCUUAUUGAGCCGGACCAGUGCACGUACAACUUCACGGUGUCUCGCAUUGAUGUCUGCCUGAAGAAACGCCAGAGCCAGCGCUGGGGGGGGCUGGAGGCUCCAGCCACACGAGGUGCAGUGGGUGGUGCAAAGGUUGCCAUGCCUACAGGCCCUACCCCUCUGGAUAAGAACCCUCCGGGCAGUAACCAGCACCCCCUCUCCAGCAAGGAAGAGGCCCGAACCAGUGACAAAGAGAAGCCACGUGUGGAAGAUGGGGCUCUGGAUGGUGUGGCAGCCCGUACGGCUCCAGAGCACUUGGCAGUGAAGCAAGAGCCACACAUUCCUUCGCCCAAACCAACAUGUAUGGUGCCACCGAUGACACACAGCCCAGUGAGUGCCGAGAGUGUGGAGGAUGAUGAGGAUGAGGAUGAGAAGAAGAAGGUCUGCCUGCCUGGCUUCACAGGUCUGGUGAACCUGGGCAACACCUGCUUCAUGAACAGUGUCAUCCAGUCCCUGUCCAACACCCGGGAGCUGCGUGACUACUUCCACGAUCGGUCCUUUGAGUCAGAAAUCAAUUAUAACAACCCGCUGGGGACAGGUGGACGCCUGGCCAUCGGCUUUGCCAUGCUGCUCAGAGCACUUUGGAAGGGCACACACCAUGCCUUCCAGCCCUCUAAACUGAAGGCAAUUGUGGCCAGCAAGGCCAGCCAGUUCACUGGCUAUGCCCAGCAUGAUGCUCAGGAGUUCAUGGCCUUCCUGCUUGAUGGCCUGCACGAGGACCUUAACCGUAUCCAGAACAAGCCCUACACAGAGACUGUUGACUCGGAUGGGAGGCCUGAUGAGGUGGUAGCUGAGGAGGCUUGGCAACGACACAAGAUGAGGAAUGACUCGUUCAUAGUAGACCUCUUCCAGGGCCAGUACAAAUCCAAGCUUGUCUGCCCAAUGUGCUCCAAGGUGUCUAUUACCUUUGACCCCUUCCUGUACCUCCCCGUGCCCCUCCCACAGAAGCAAAAGGUGCUGACUGUCUACUACUUUGCAAAGGAGCCCCACAAGAAACCCAUCAAGUUCCUCGUGAGUAUCAGCAAGGAGAACUCCAGUGCCAUGGAGGUACUUGAUUCAGUUGCCCACAGUGUGCGUGUGAAACCAGAGAACCUGCGCCUGGCAGAGGUGAUCAAGAAUCAUUUCCACCGCAUGUUCCUGCCAUCUAACUCACUAGACACAGUCUCGCCAACGGACCUGCUGCUUUGCUUUGAGGUGCUGUCCCCAGAGCUGGCGAAGGAGCGUGUGGUGGAGCUUCAGGUCCAGCAGCGUCCACAGGUGCCCAGUGGCCCUGUUGCCAAGUGUGCAGCCUGCCAGAAGAAGCAGCUGCCAGAGGAUGAGAAGCUCAAGCGCUGCACGAGGUGCUAUCGAGUUGGUUACUGCAACGUGGCAUGUCAGAAAACACAUUGGCCAGACCACAAGGCUUCGUGCCGUCCUGAGAACAUCGGUUUCCCCUUCCUCAUCAGUGUGCCCGAGUCCCGCCUCACCUACGCCCGCCUGGCCCAGCUGCUGGAGGGCUAUGCAAGGUACUCAGUCAGCGUGUUCCAGCCUCCAUUCCAGUUGGGCCGGAUGUCACCAGAGCAGGGGCUGCAGCCUCUGCACUCGGACAAGCUGGAGCCCCUGGCCAAGAGCAGCUGUUCAGCAGCCACCUCUGUCCCCGAGCUGGGAGAUGGGGACAGGGUUUCCAGCCUCCCUCAGGAGCCCCCACUCUCCCCAGCUGUGCCUGAGCUGCAGCCAGAGAUGGGGGAUACUACCACUGUCCGGAGCAAGGUCCUGACAGCUAGGAGUUCCCUCCUGAGCUUGGAUUCGGGGUUCUCUGAGCACAUGGAGUCGCAGGGUGACAACUGUUGUGAGAAGGAGCCGUCCUAUGAGAGAGCCCUCAAGCCAGAAGCUGCCAUCCCUGGGUACCAGCACACUCCAGACUCACUGAGUGGCCGUGCCACACAGUUCUACAUCACUAAGAUUGACGCUGCCAACCGAGAGCACAAGCUGGAAGAUAAAGGUGACACCCCCCUGGAUCUGACAGACGACUGCUCUCUUGCCCUGGUCUGGAAGAACAAUGAGCGCCUCAAGGAAUUUGUGUUGGUAGAAUCCAAGGAGUUGGAGUGUGUGGAGGACCCAGGCUCGGCCAGCGAAGCAGCCCGGGCUGGCCACUUCACCCUGGAGCAGUGCCUCAAUCUCUUCACGAAGCCUGAAGUCCUGGCCCCAGAGGAAGCGUGGUACUGCCCCAAGUGCAAGCAGCACCGUGAGGCUUCCAAGCAGCUGAUGCUGUGGCGGCUGCCCAACGUCCUCAUCAUCCAGCUCAAGCGCUUCUCCUUCCGCAGCUUUAUUUGGAGGGACAAGAUCAAUGACAUGGUGGACUUCCCUGUCCGGAGUCUGGACCUGAGCAAGUUCUGCAUUGGUCGGAAGGGUGAGCAGCAGCUGCCUAUGUAUGACCUGUAUGCUGUGAUCAACCACUAUGGAGGCAUGAUUGGAGGGCACUACACAGCGUACGCCCGCCUGCCCAACGACAAGAACAGCCAGCGCAGCGACGUGGGCUGGCGGCUCUUUGACGACAGCACAGUCACCACCGUGGAUGAGAGCCAGGUGGUGACCAGAUACGCCUAUGUCCUCUUCUACCGCCGGAGGAACUCUCCUGUGGAGAGACCCCUGCCAGGGCAUCCCUCAGACCACCGUGCCGAGCGCACCCCCUCUGCCGAAGCUGCUGCCAGCCAGGCUUCUCUGAUCUGGCAGGAACUGGAGGCUGAAGAACAAGAGCUGCAGCUUGAGGCACCCCAAAGGCCUGCAAGAAACUCUUGGAGGCCCUGCGGCCAGAAGCGAAGUCCGGGCACCCCUCAGCACCCAGAUGAAGGCUGCGUCAGAUACUUUGUUCUGGCCACCACAGCUGCAAUUGUGGCUCUCUUCCUGAACGUCUUCUACCCACUCAUUUACCAGCCCCGCUGGAGAUAGGCCCAGGCGCGUGGCCAGCUGCGGGAGCAGGGCCGCCAGGGCACGCGCCGUCCCAGGACGCUAUGAGACGAAGACAUGAGGCAGCAGGACAGAAAUCGCUGGGAAAGACUCGCCAAGGGAAACAUGGGGCUGUCGGCUCCUGUCUGUCUGCUCUGGCAUCUCCUGUGCCAGCUGGCAGGCCUGUGUGGCCAGCCUGCUACUUUGCCAAGGCACAGCCCAGAACCAGAAGCUCCUUUGCCCUUCCUUGCUGCCCACUGGGAGUGGGGCAGGCCUCAAGGCUAUCUGCUGCUCAAGAACGGACAUUGCUGCUCCAGUGUUGCAGGGGCCUGAGAGCCCUGUGGGCACUUCAGCUAUCUCUGCUUGGCUCCCAAGAAGGAAGUGGAGACCUGCCGGGAGGCUGCAGCAAGGGCAGGAUGCCCUGACACGGGCCCUGGCUGGCCACCUCUCUCAGCUGUGCUGCUGCAGGAACCUUGAGCUCCCCUGUGGCUGGGACUACCCACGGUCCUUGGCCAGCCCAGUUUGCCCUGCUAGCCUUCUGCUGAGCCUUCUGGUGCCAGUUGCCUGUGCACUGGGAGUGUGUGUGCUGCACUCCUGUGCUGGGACUGGACAGGCUUGUCACCAAGGGCUUGUGUGCUUCCCUGCUCAGCCCCAGACAGUGCUGGGGAGCCUGGCAAUCCAGACUGAGGUGCCAUGGUGAGCACCUAUCUCUGUGGGUCACUGCCUCCCACCAGUCCGUGGGGCUGUGUGCUGGCAGCAUCUGGGGGAGUUGGCCUCUUCAGGGCAGCGUGGUGCAGCACCUCAUUUGCGAGGAUACAGCUGCCCAUGCUGCAGGAGAGGCAUGGGGUCAGGGAGCACAGAUAUGACCAUGGUGCAUUAAUAAAGCCAGGUUUUCCAAAGAAAUGCAGCAUUCCUGUCCUGUGUGCUGGGACUCCCACACAGAGGCAAGGACUCUACACUGGGGUCACCUGAGGCCACUCUGUGACCCAGCUGGCACCAGGACCAUCCAUUGGGCUUUGCUGGGUGUCUGGUGCACCUUGUGUGGCAGCAGGCUCAGGAGUGAGCUCUGCCUGCCCAUGCCAUGGGGCACAGGCUGGGCUCCGGUCCCAGCUGUAGAGUGGUAUAGCCUCAUGGGACACGUGCAGGGCGUGGCGAGCCCAGCAGGGCCAGGAGCAGGCAGUCCCCUGAGGCUGGGGCACAGGCUGCCACUCCAACCGUGUCUGACAUUGAGACGUGUUGCCCUUGGCUGAAUGUGGCUCAGACAGCUCUGGCGUAUCUGGGUGUGAGAGGUGACUUCAGAACCCUGUGACUUUCUUUUCUGUCUCCACUGCUGUUCUGCUGGCAGUGCCCUCAGCUGGCCUGGGAGAGAUGCUUUGCAGUGAAGGGGUUUGUCUGCGUUUUAGCCCGGGGCCUGAGCUGAACUCCCUCUACCUCUGUCCCACACCCCUCCUCCACGUGCUGAGGUUUACUCCCCUCCCAGGCAGGUCCCAGCCGGGGAGCCCGGCAGGGCUGUGCCGUGGUCAUGAGGUGCCUGUCCUGGAACAGUCGCCUCAUUGUCUACAGCCCUGGGUCUCAGCAGCUUCCCCCGCUCACCCACAAUGCCGGCCUCGUGGGUCUGAGUCAGUGCCCAGCGCCGGUGGGCUGACCUCUGCUCCAACUGGUGCUGGCACCCCAGGGUUGGGGCCCACAAGCUGCUGCCUGCACCUGCCUGCCCUCACCGGUGGUGGGUGGCCGGCAUGAGGCCUGACAAGGUGCUCUGAGCCCUGGAAAUCCCCUCUGGCCCUGCUCUGUUCCUCAGACCUCCAGCAGGCACUGGCAGCGUGCCUGUGGCCCGUCACUGCCACCCGUGCUGGGGUGCAGGGCUCUGCUCCCACCACCAGUGGCUGAGCAGCCCUGGGGCAGGAGUGUGCUGCGGUCUUGCCCUCCUGCUGAGCCGGAGGGGAUUCCUCCAGCGGCCCUGGGCACGCUGCUUCCCUCUGUCCUGCCGUGGGGUUUGCCACCAACUGCUGCUCUUUAAGCCCAGGAGCUGCACAUUCUGUGUGUGGGGCUAUGUCCCCUCUGGGCACCUCUCCAGCCCCCCGGGAGCAAGGGAGGUAGAUGGGUGGGCAGGAUGCAAGUCUCCC